GGGGAAGUACAGAAGAAAUCGUCUGACACUGAAACAUUAAAAAAAGAUCUCUGAGGCCUUGCAAAGGAGUCUUGAUUCGCUCAGGGAGAAUUGCUUUGACUGUGUUCAUCCUAUUCAACCAGGAACUGCCCAAGAAGUGGAGGAAUAGAGUUUAGUCAUCUGGAUUUAGGCUGAAAAUCAUGUCUCUUCCCCGACAGCUGCGAGAAAAGAGUGACUUUGAUCAGCUCCCAGAUGAUGUACCUGUUUCAGCUAACAUUGCAGAUAUUGAAGAGAAGAAAGGCUUUACUAAUUAUUAUAUGUUUGUCAUUGAAGUAAGGGUUAAAGGUGGAGGCAGAUACCUGAUUUUCCGACGCUAUCGUCAGUUCUAUGCCCUGCACACCAAACUGGAGGAGAGAUAUGGGGCAGAGAGCAAAAAUAGCCCUUUUACCUGCACACUCCCCAUAUUGCCAGGAAAAGUUUAUGUUGGGGCCAAAAAGGAAAUUGCUGAAAACAGGAUUCCUAUCCUAAAUGUCUACAUGAAGAACCUACUCUGCCUACCCGUUUGGGUGUUGAUGGACGAAGAGGUACGGCUGUUCUUCUACCACUCAGUCUUUGAUAGUGAACAGGUGCCUCGCAGACUGAGACGGCUUCGCCCACGGACACGCCGAGUUAAAAGCAUUUCACCUCAAGUACCUAUUUUUGACCGCACGGCAACUCCACGGGCUGAGGCACUGUUUGAUUUUUCUGGAACCAGUAAACUGGAACUCAGCUUCAAGAAGGGAGACUUGAUCUAUCUACUCAGCAGAGUAAACAAAGACUGGUUGGAGGGAACAGUUGAUGAUGCCACUGGGAUUUUCCCAUGUGCUUUUGUGAAGAUCAUAAAAGAUUUACCACAGCAGGAAGACACAGUUAAUAAAGUUCGCUGUUAUUACCAUGAUGAGACUGUGAGCACUAUCAGGGAUAUCUCAGUGGAAGAGGAUCUGAGCAACAUUCCAUCAUUCAAAGAUCUCAUGGAACUGAUGAGGCAGGAGUUUGACCAAGAUGACAUUGUUUUGAAUUACCGGGACCUUGAUGGUGAUCUGAUCCGACUGCUCUCCGAUCAGGAUGUUGAACUCAUGGUGUCUCAGAGCAGGAGAAGGCCCUCUGAGAAGCAUUUCUUCCCUUGGAAGUUGCACAUCACUCACAAAGAUGACUUGAGUGUCUACAGUAAUAGUCCAGGAAUAGGUUCUACUCAAACAGUAAGACCAAC